GCCCCGAUGAGGCGGAAGGAGAAGCGGCUUCUGCAGGCGGUGGCGCUGGUGUUGGCGGCCCUGGUCCUUCUGCCCAACGUGGGGCUCUGGGCGCUGUACCGCGAGCGGCAGUCCGACGGCACCCCCGGGGGAUCAGGGGCGGCGGUGGCCCCAGCGGCCGGGCAGGGCCCACACAAUCAGCAAAAGAAGACAUUUUUCUUGGGAGAUGGGCAAAAGCUGAAGGACUGGCACGACAAAGAAGCCAUCAGGAGGGACGCUCAGCGCGUAGGAAAUGGAGAACAAGGGAGACCUUACCCCAUGACCGAUGCUGAGAGAGUGGAUCAGGCGUACCGAGAAAAUGGAUUUAACAUCUACGUCAGUGAUAAAAUCUCCCUGAAUCGCUCUCUCCCUGAUAUUCGGCACCCAAACUGCAAGAGCAAACGCUACCUGGAGACACUCCCCAACACCAGCAUCAUCAUCCCCUUCCACAACGAGGGCUGGUCCUCUCUCCUCCGUACUGUGCACAGUGUGCUGAACCGCUCGCCCCCGGAGCUGAUCGCCGAGAUUGUGCUGGUCGACGACUUCAGUGAUCGAGAACACCUAAAGAAGCCACUUGAAGACUACAUGGCCCUUUUCCCCAGCGUGAGGAUUCUCCGAACCAAGAAACGGGAAGGGCUGAUAAGGACCCGGAUGUUGGGGGCCUCAGCAGCAACUGGGGAUGUCAUCACAUUCUUGGACUCACACUGUGAAGCCAAUGUCAACUGGCUGCCCCCUUUGCUUGACCGCAUCGCUCGGAACCGCAAGACCAUUGUGUGCCCGAUGAUUGAUGUGAUUGACCACGACGACUUUCGGUACGAGACACAGGCAGGGGAUGCCAUGCGGGGUGCCUUUGACUGGGAGAUGUACUAUAAGCGGAUCCCGAUCCCUCCUGAACUGCAGAAAGCUGACCCCAGCGACCCAUUUGAGUCUCCCGUGAUGGCCGGUGGACUGUUCGCCGUGGAUCGGAAAUGGUUCUGGGAGCUGGGCGGGUACGACCCGGGCCUGGAGAUCUGGGGAGGGGAGCAGUACGAAAUCUCGUUCAAGGUGUGGAUGUGUGGGGGCCGCAUGGAGGACAUUCCCUGCUCCAGGGUGGGCCAUAUCUACAGGAAGUACGUGCCCUACAAGGUCCCCGCUGGAGUAAGCCUGGCCCGGAACCUGAAGCGCGUGGCGGAAGUGUGGAUGGACGAGUACGCCGAGCACAUUUACCAGCGCCGCCCCGAGUACCGCCACCUCUCUGCCGGGGACGUGGCCGCCCAGAAGAAGCUCCGCAGCGGCCUUAACUGCAAGACUUUCCGGUGGUUUAUGACCCAGAUCGCCUGGGACCUGCCCAAGUUCUACCCGCCCGUGGAGCCCCCAGCCGCAGCCUGGGGGGAGAUCCGCAAUGUGGGUACGGGGCUGUGUGCAGACACGAAGCACGGGGCCGUGGGCUCCCUGCUGAGGCUGGAGAGCUGCGUCCGGGGCCGAGGGGAGGCCGCGUGGAACAACAUGCAGGUGUUCACCUUCACCUGGAGAGAGGACAUCCGGCCUGGAGACCCCCAGCACACCAAGAAGUUCUGCUUCGACGCCAUCUCCCACACCAGCCCAGUCACCCUCUAUGAUUGCCACAGCAUGAAGGGCAACCAGCUGUGGAAAUACCGCAAAGACAAGACCCUGUACCACCCCAUCAGCGGCAGUUGUGUGGACUGUAGUGCAAGUGACCGCAGGAUCUUCAUGAACACCUGUAACCCCUCCUCUCUCACACAGCAGUGGCUGUUUGAACACACCAACGCAACAGUCUUGGAAAAAUUCAAUAGGAACUGAGCCCCCACGUCCCCUUGGCAGGCCUGGCGGGGUCCUCUCCAGCACUCACUGCAGCCUUCAUCUCCCGAGGGAGGCAGGGCUUCCGUGGGCACCGUGAUGUCAAAGGUGCCGGCCAACUGGUCCAGGGCGAAGGGGGCUCUGGAGGCUGGAGCAAGGUGUCUGCCUGUCCUGGAGGCCCUGAGCUGCGGAGGUGGGGUGGAGAGCAGACCCCACAAGAGGCCGCAUGCGAGAACAGAGCCUGCUUUAACCCUGGUGGCAUCACGCGAAUCCAGGAGGGCCUUUUCAGCUUUGUCGCCAUGUUCCCUUGAGCAUUAUGCAGGAGGAACGUCAGGGCAGCCCUAGGCCACCCAAAAAUGCUCCUACAGGUUGUCUGGCUUUCAGAUGGCUCAUAUAUGACGGUCCUUUAGAAAGAGAGGCAAAUUUGCCUGUUUGGGGCAGCUUUGAGCACCUGUGCCAUCCAUCUGCAGCAGAAGGAAAGGAAGUUUUUUUCGGGGCCACUGGUUUCAGCCUUUUAGUUUUUGCCUGUCGUGGGGUCACUGCAAUUACUGCCGAGCUUCUGUUCUCUGUCACAGCCCCAGGCCAUGCAGUCGAAGGCCACACCUGGGGCCCUCGGAGUGUUCAGUGCUGAUCGCUAGCCAACUGCCAGGCCUGGGGCCAGAAGCGGUACCCCCAGACAUUCCUGUGCAGCCGUGGACACACGGGAUGUCUCCUCUUGCUCUCCACGUACUUGAAACGCCCAUUUUCGUGCUCUCUGGCCACAAGCACAGCCCAGCCACCAGCCAUUCAGGGCUGUGUGUCAGGUGGCCUUGGGCCCAUGGUAAAGGCCUAGUAGAAGACCUCCAAACUAUAAGUUCUGGCCAAAUUUCCCUGACUGAUCAGUGCUUCCAUUUUCCUCUCUCUCUCUCUCAGGCAAUUACCUGCCUCAGGAGAGGAAGAGAGGUGGAGGUGCUCACCUCACGGAGUCUGGGGGACUCCUGGGUGGACCAUGGGCGAGAUGCCUAGCCUCUGACCUCAUCACAGUUCUAGUUCUCAUGUAAAACUCCAGAAUUUUUAAAGAACUCUAGAAUUUGAUCACAAACUAGAGUAUACAUAGGAUUCUGGUAUUCUAGCAUCCAGUAUGGAUUUCUAGAAUGCUAUGAUUAUAGGAGCCAGCCAAAUGUAAUACAUUCAAGGCAGUCCCCAGCCUAGAGACAAUCUGUGAAAUCCAAGGUUGGUGGUGUUGGGGGGAGGGGGCGGGGGACCUGUGUCCAUCAGCUCGCACUGGAAGCCUUGGUACCACACGGUCCUCAGGGCAGACCUGACGCCCUGCAACCUCCCACCAUUAGCACAGCUGCAGUGGAGAAAAGAACCCCGUGUCCCAUGAACAGAUGUACACCCAGCUCCAUGCCAGUCCUUCGUGUUUAGUCCUUUUGCUUUGUUAAUUGUGUGUCAGACUCCCAGAGGGUUCCCAGACUAAUAGGAAGCAUUGCUGUAACCAAUCUGCUCCCCCAGAUUCAGAAAUGGAAAUCGCAUUCUACAACCUAUGGCUUCCACCAGCUAGCCCAGGAAAUACUUGAAAUCAGUAUUCCAAUUAGAGCUGGGUUUCUCGAUUGUGUCGUUUACCAGUUAAAUAACUGAGACAUAAAUCUGGGAACAGAACCACGAAUCUGCCUUUGAGAUGCUGGCAGAUCUCAAGGCCAUCAAUUUUCUGGGGGAGAAAUAAACACUCCCAACUACUACCACUCCAGUUAAGCGUGUAGCUGGCAAAGCGUCACUUCCACUUCUGCCCCAGCACAAGCCCUGCUCUGGCCACCUGUCCACAGGAGAGGUGGCCCCUGUGCUUGCAAAGCUUGCUUGUUGAUCCCUCAUGUCUUUUCCAAAUGAGUGCUCUGUCUUUAGAAGUGGCCCUCUGUAGGAAGGAGUCAAAAGAUGAGGCCCCUUCCAGAAUCUAGGAUAAUAAGAACGUUGCAAUUUGGAGAGUUGAGUUAGGAUUCAUCAUCAGAGAGCAAUGCAGCAUCAUUAAAAUAAAAACUGUGCCUUUU